UCGCGGGACAGGGUCGCCAGCUCAGCACAUACUAUAGAAGUGCCAUAUGGGUGUUGUGAGCCCAUUCACUGACAAGUGCAGUGCGUUUUGGGUGAAAGCAGGAGACACAAAGGGUUUGGCCCCAGUACGUUCGCGCAGUGUAAUCCUUACAGACUCAGCGCCAGGGUAUAAGAGCUGUGGGCACGGCCAGACGCAAACACUCUCAGAGUGAACCCUGGGUACGGACACACACUCUCUGAACACAGGCAUCAUGUCUUCCAGUGGAGAAAAAAAGACUGCCUCCCAGACCGACGGCAAGGCAGCCCAGAGCAAGAAGUCCGAGAUGGGCAUGAUGUCCUACAGGAUGUAUGUGUUUGACCAGGAGAACUUCCAGGGACGCAUGAUUGAGAUUAACGCCGAGUGCAUGAACGUUUGUGAUAUGGGCAUGGACAGAGUUCGCUCACUACGUGUGGAGUGUGGACCUUUUGUGGGCUUUGAGCAGAUGAACUUCUGCGGUGAGAUGUACAUCCUGGAGAAGGGCGAGUAUCCUCGUUGGGAUUCUUGGAGCAACUGUCAGAAGAACGAUUACCUGCUUUCCUUCAGACCUGUCAGAAUGGACCCUGAGAAGCACAAGAUCUGCCUGUAUGAGGUUGGUGAGUACAAGGGCCGCAAGAUGGAGAUCAUGGAUGAUGACGUUCCCAGCAUGUUCUCAUACGGAUUCACCGACAGAGUUGGCAGCAUCAUGGUCAGCUGUGGAACCUGGGUGGGCUAUCAGUACCCCGGAUACCGUGGCAGCCAGUACCUGCUGGAGAAGGGUGAAUACAGACACUUUAACGAGUACGGCGCCCGUUGCCCUCAGUUUCAGUCUGUGAGGCGUAUCCGUGACAUGCAGUGGCACCCGCACGGCUGCUACACCAUGGCCAGCAAGUGAGGGCCAGACCCGGAGAGGAAGAGGAGAGGUGAAGUAGAGGGAGAAGGGCGCAAGAGAAAGGAGAGGAGGAGAGACGUCUGAGAGGCUGCAUCUUCCCCAUGUCGCUGUUAUGAGGGGCGGAUGUUUUCGAGGUGACAGACUCCCUGACUCACAUUGCAGUCUGUGUCUGUCGAGCUGUUAAAGCCCAGCAGGGCAGUGAUUCUCCCAGGCCUCUUAGUGUCUCUGUGUAGGGUGGAGGCACCGAUAAACACACUUCCCUCUUCCUCCCUAGUUCCUCUCCUCUCUUUCUCUCCUGCAUCAUGGCUUCUUUUCUUUCCUUCCAUAAUUUAUUUACAUUUUUUUGUCAUCCGUUCUUUCCCCUGCCCGCAUCCCCCUUUCCCCAAGAGGAUGGAAAGAGAGAGGGAGAGAUGAAGGGAUGAGGAGAGUGAAGCUCUUGUGCCCUAGAAAUCUCUCUUUGCUUGCUGUACAGAAUCCUGGUCACCUUUUCAAUAAAAACCUAAAAGCUUGAUAACAA